CCCAAACGUGCUGAGAUAUUGCGUAAAAAUACCGCACCAAUAUCUCGUCAAUACCCACAUUACAUGAGGCGUUAAAAUCAUGCAAUUUAUACGCAAUGAAUGGUGGGUGCGAAGAGACAGGCAACGCGCGAGAGUUUGAAUCUAAGAGAAGCGUGGUAUUUCCUUUUCUCUCCCACCCUCGCAGUCUCGUAAAUUCCCUGUUAAUUUAAUUCCCUGUUAAUUUAUCUGUUGUCUCAAUGUCGCCAAAAAAAUAUUACAUAAUUGAAUUCCCCCCUGAUAAAUACAAUUCAGUGCCUGUGGAGCUUGUUCUAAGUCACUGGGUUAUCCCCGCAGAGAAAGUUUGUCUCUGGCCACCAAACUCUGGGCCAAGUAUUAGAAAUUUGAUAAAAAAGGGCACUGCUAUUCCUGAUGUCAAGUGGGGAAGAGUUAGCUACGCCAGGAUUAUUGGGAAUUACGAUGAUUAUGAAGUUGCGACAAAAAAACUUCAAGUAGCCGAGGACACUUCCAACUUGGAAAGUGAAACAGAACCAGAAAGCAGAUUAAGGAGCAAGAAGAUAAUUCCCGAUAUUCAGCCCAGCAGCACACGAGGGGAUGUAACGUCUUCAUCCGAUGAGGAGGAUAGCGACGCGAACAAAAACAGUCCUCCGUCUGGCUCACUUCUGGAUAAUUUGGAGCUGGACCAACCAUUGAGCAUUCCUGAAAUAAUUCCCGAAACUGAAGAGCAAAGCAAUCUACAAGUAGGAAAUCAAGGUGAAACUGGAGACACCUCUUUUGUUGUUGUAAAUUCGCAGGAGUUAAAUGAUUUACGGCUGUUGAUUUCAAGGACAACGCAAAGUGUGCUAACUUUGUUGGAAAAGCAGGCUGAAGACAUUAAAGACAUUAAGGCUUUACUGAUUAAUGUGAAACAAAGGCCGGAUGGUAGGAAGGCUCCCAAUUUCAGUGCCAUUCCAAAAUUACCCCUCGACAACGAGGUAGCACUGGCGGAGUUUGAAUCUUGGCUCGAGGUGGAUUCAAAUCGCGAAUUACUGGUUGAAUAUUUGGCAUUUUCAACUGCGACACAGAUCGAGGCGAGCACUAGAAAAAUCUUGAAAAAAUUAUUUACGAAUGAAUUUGGCAGGCGAAUUAAUUUUACGGGUAAAGGAAACAAGACAUCGAUGAAAAACCUAAAACUAUUGGAAGUCGUAAAAGAAACCGUGCGAAACGUCUUUACAGUUGAGUCCGUUCCCGAUCCCAAAAAUCCCAGCGGCCGUAUUCCCACCGAUGAUAUAAUUCAAACUGCAGCAAUGAAUUGGUUUCGUUCUUCAAAAAGUAGGUGCAACGACGACGCUCCCUCGGGAAUUGCAUCAUAAUCAUGGAUCGAGAUGGAAAAUCACCGAGAAACAU